AUGCUAGCUACGCCUCGUCCCCGCUCAGCUUUUUCAAACGCGCAGAUUGCGGCGUACUUCUACUCACCGUGCCGCGACCAGUACGGCGAACCCGUGCCGGAGUACUUUCGCUGCCGCUGCGGGAAGGUACGCAAGCAGACGAGCCGAAAUGGCUUCACCAAUCUCAUGCAGCAUGUGCGCAGCGAGCAUCCAACCUUCCAAGGAGAGAUGCUCGCUGCUACAACAGCUCAGACCGGUUCGGUGGCGCACUACGCUUGCCGGACGGCUAUGAACCGCUUCGGCUGGCUCGAGUGGAUUGUAAAGGCAAAUCUGCUUCUCAUGUUCUGCGAGAACGCGUUCGCUCGCCGGUACACUUCCUUGGAGCCGAUUUCAGUGGAAACUCUGCGUGCACUGCUCGAAGGCGUUAAUCAACGAGGAUAA